AAGGACAAAGAGGCGAAGCCUCAAGUGUGGGAAUAUGUCGAACCUUUAAAAGGGUAUGGCGGUUGAAUCUUUACACCAUAGAAGAUGAAGGCCCGGGUUUGGGUAAUCGUACUGAGAUUGAAGGCCUUGGAGUUGUAUCGCACAGAUCAAUUUAUUAGUGCUACAUGCUGGGCGCUGAUGUACCUGGCUCUUGGUUCCAAAUAUUGCCUCAUUCAGUUGCGAGUCAAGAACUGGAUGCACCAGAGCCCACAUAAUCAGCAAAGCCCACAUAAUCAGCUGGGGCAUGGUUUCUUGCGUUUACUGAAGGCCAAAACCUGGCCUGAUUGUCCUACAAAAAGAACCUAGGUUUAGGAUUUCCAAAAGUGGUUUAAUUUUCAAGCGAAGGCCCAAUACAGGGUUCUUAUUGUGAAGACCAGGGCCCACCCACCUUCGUCGUUUGGGCCUGGUGAUGCUGGGCUUGGUUUACGAGUGGUUUAAAAAUCCUGCAACAUUUAUCGUUCCCUGUGUACGACUCCCUCCAAACAAUGGAAACCCUAGAAGAACAAUGGAAGACGACGGAUGAUCGAUCGGCCAAGAAGACCCAUAUUUCAUUCCCAAAUGAAAUCAUCGAAGAGAUCCUCUCCAGACUACCCGUUAAAUCCAUCCUCCGAUUCAGAUCAGUCUCCAAACCAUGGCUCUCGCUCAUCUCCACUCCAUCAUUCACCAAACUCCACUUCACUCGCGCCACGGCUGCCCACCGCACUGCCUUAUUUAUUUCCGUUUACGAUGAUUUCACUAAAAAUCAUUCCUUUCUCUCAGCCCCUCAUGAUGGUGGACCCGUCACUCAUCUGAUGACACUCGGCCACGCUUAUUUGUCUUGUUACACACAAGCUGAAUAUUUGAACGGGUUAAUAUGUUUAACUUGCGUAACAUUGCAUUCAGGUAACAUUUUCGUUCCGGCUUUUGUUCUUAACCCUAACACACAUAAGAUUUUUAAUGUCCCAGAUCCUUACUCCCAAUUAUAUGGUGGGUAUAUCCGUUACCUAUUUGGGUUCGAUGAGUCUACAAACGAACAUACCAUUUUAAUGAUUAGGAAUCUUUUUAAUCCUACUGCGGUUGAACUUAUGGUUUUCUCUAUGUCAAGUUAUUCAUGGAGAAAGAUCGAUGUGGAGCCUCCUGUUGGCUUUACUUGGGAUGACUUGCACUUCCACAACAACCGCAGCGUUUGUGUCAAUAGUGUAGUGCACUUAAUGUAUUCUUCGUUUGCCAUUUUGGCAUUUAACUUGAGAACAGAGAAGUUUUCAGUAAUUAACCUUCCCUACGAGCAUCAUGAUACGCUGGCAAAUGAUCCCCGCCUCAUAAAAAUCAGUGGCUGUAUUGGAGUUGUUUCUCAUGAUCGCGUUGUGGAAAACAACGAAAUAAAUCUCUGGAUAUUACAAGACUAUGAAAACCGUGUUUGGGUUAGAGAAAUUAUUACAUUCCCCGAGCCUUUGAUCAAGUUAGAUGUCCCUUUCCAUGUAGAUUACGUUAAUACAGACGAGAUUAUCCUUUCCCCCAGCAAGUUAUCCGGCAAUGUGAUAAACGUACACGUCUAUAACAGGAAGAGUAGACGUUUUAAAUCAUUACAAUUCACUUCGGGUCAUCAAUUUUCGUUGUCAAGAAACGUGCAGCUCAAUCAUAUUAGGGGUUAUGUUGAAAGCAUGGUGUCUAUAUACAGUGCCGUUCCUACGUUUUCGGAGGCCCUAAUCGAACUACGAAGUAAUGGACCUUUGCAAAAUUAUCAUUUUCAACAUAUUUAGUAACAAAACCCUCCUCCUUUAUCUUCAUCAUCAUCUAUGGUUGAGUGUGUCGUGAGUCGUGAGCGUGUCUGACAUGUGUCUGACAACAGACAACGUAAGAAAGCAGAGAAAACCUAAGUUAAAAACGAUUGGACGACUCUGUAUAAUUACGAAGGCGGAAGGAAUAUUGGGCAUUUGGGCUUGGAGUUGGAAGCUAAUAUUAUUGAAGAAGGAGGCCCAAAAUACAAAAUCUUGAGGCCCUUAAAAUUUGGAGGCCCUAGGCCUUGCCUAGAUCCACAAGCCCUUUGGGCCGGCUCUGUCUAUAUAGAGGAACAUGACAAGACUUGAUGCUCCGUGCUUCUAUGGGAAAAGCUCUUUGAUGGAUGUUCUUGAUGGAGAUUUAUGCUGUUAAAUAUUGUUAUAUCUACCAACCCCUUUGAAUCUUGUGUUCCUAAACAAGUACUUUUAAACCAUUUCAAAUUCUGUUUUGUUUUGGAAGGAUUGUUUUCUAGAAAAACCGAUUAUGAAAUUUGUAGUUUAAAAGCUCA